GAGGCCAGUUAUCGAACACAAAUGGUUUUCUGCUGAAGUACAGCGGGAAGAAGAUACAGUUUAGGAGUUAAAGUUAUCGGGAGAACACAGCCCUAAGGAGAGUCACGUAAAAUUUCAGACAUCAAAAUCGUCCUCUUAAAUGGUAAACUGUCAUAUAAUUGUGGGAGAAGGAAUGCUUGCUGGUUACACACAGGUGACUGGUAGAAGAGCAAGACCUGCUCUUGACAAUGUCAAGGAGAAAGCUGGAGAAUAAAAGCCUUUCUGGCUUGUUGGCCACAUCUCUGCACACACCAAUCAAGACAGAUAACUUCCACAAUUUUUAUAUGCUUGAGUCAAAAGAGCUAGGAAGAGGAAGAUGUGCUGUGGUUAGAAAAUGUAUAGCUAAAUCCACAGGCCAGGAGUAUGCAGCUAAAUUUUUGAAGAAAAGAAGAAGAGGCCAAGACUGCAAAGCAGAGAUCCUGCAUGAAAUUGCUGUCCUUGAAUUAAUGAAAUCCAAUCCUCGCAUAGUAAAUCUCCAUGAAGUCUACGAAACAGCAAAUGAAAUCAUCUUAGUGUUGGAAUAUGCUGCUGGAGGAGAAAUAUUUGACUUGUGUGUCCCAGAUCUGGAUGACAGAAUUGGUGAAAGGGAUAUUGUAAGGCUUAUAAGGCAAAUACUUGAAGGACUUUGCUGCUUGCACGAAAACAAUAUUGUUCAUCUUGAUUUAAAGCCUCAAAAUAUUUUGCUGAGCAGUGUCAAUCCUCUUGGUGAUGUAAAAAUUGUAGAUUUUGGGAUGUCCCGGAAGCUUGAGAAUUCCAGUGACCUGCGGCACAUCAUGGGAACAACAGAGUAUCUCGCUCCAGAAAUCUUGAACUAUGAUCCUAUUACCACAGCUACAGACAUGUGGAAUAUUGGUGUUAUCUCAUACAUGCUGCUGACACAAGAAUCUCCAUUUGUGGGAGCUGAUGUUCAAGAAACUUACCUUAAUAUAUCUCAAGUUAAUGUGGAUUAUUCAGAAGAAACAUUUUCAUCAGUUUCGCAGCCUGCAAAAGACUUCAUUCAAAAACUUCUCAUAAAAAAUCCACAGGACAGGCCCACUGCAGCAGACUGCCUCUCCCAUUCGUGGCUGCAGCAAGGGGAGCUCACACUCCUGUGCAGCCCUGAAGAAAUUUGCUGCUCCUGUCAGCUGCCAGGACACACCACCAAGUGCUCAGAAGAGUGGAGUGUGAAAGGCAUCUGCAAUGGCAGCUGCAGUGACAAGGAGGACAAGGAGAACAUUCCGGAGGACAGCAGCACGCUCUCCAAACGCUUCCGCUUCGACGAUUCCUUGCAGUAUCCGCCAGACUUCGUGACAGACUUUGUGUGCUAAUGUGUCACACAGACUUCUCAUGAAGUGAAUUCAGUAUAAUCUGUUCCAGUGGUGAAAAAAGGUUCUGGCUUGCCAGUUCAUGCAGAUUAUUGGCAUACUGGAAAUGCACUUUGAUUCUUUUAUGCUGGUGCCUCCUUUUCUAUCCAUUGCUGGCAGUGGAUUUAACUCCUGAGGGAUUGGAGUUGUUGUGCCAAUGAAAUUAAUUAUUUUUUUUAAGAAGAUAUAAUUAAAUAUUUUUGCACUUUUCAAGUUCUAGUCAAAAGAUGGUACUAGAGUGAAGAAACUGAAACCUGCAAAUGAGUUUAAACAUAGCCUUUGCCAAACAGUGGUUGAACACAUGCAUGCUUUUAGGACUACUCUUAGUAAGAAAUGGGGAAGGGAAUGCAGGGAAGCUGAAUCCUGCUGGUUUACUGGAGUUGCUUGCUACCGUUCUCACCACUUUAAAUAGAGGCUAAAUUUGGUAUGUUUUGGGACUCUGGUACAUCUGUUGGGGCCUUUUGGAAAUCGGUUUUCCCUCUAGGAUCACUAGUAGUUCUGCCUUAUAGAUCUGGUCUACUUGGGCAUUAUCAGGCAUAUUCUGUGUGGUUAUGCUGUGUUGGAUCUCUGCAACACUUGGCAUAGAAAAUGGGUAUAUUGUCAGUCCUUGGGCUUGUGGUCCUUGGCUUCUUACCAUAGAUUACAUUUGAAGAUGAGGUUCCUAUGCUGAUGUGAAUAUUUGAACUUGGUGGUUUGCUUUUAUGAAAUCUCCAAAAUAGUAUAAUCUACCUCUACUGAUUUUUCCUUAUCUUAAAAAAAAAACCAAAAAAACCCAAAAAACCCCACACAAACAAGCCCCAAAACACAAAGCCUCUAGUUAAAAGUAGUAGAACUGAGUAAACUGAAAAUAACCAUUUUUACCAGUGAAACUGCAAUUAAGAACUUUUCUCUGUGCCCCUCUAUUGUAGUAGUGCAUCCUGCUGUCAAUUACUGUUGCCCUUAAUUACUCAGCUUUGUGCCUUCUCUGAGAAAUGGACUGCAGUGUGUUAGUAUUUAAAGACAAACUACCUAAUAAUUGUUUUAAGCCUUUAAAAUUUGUUUAGCUAGUGGUAUUUUUUAAAGUUCUGUGCCUUCCACUUGUUUCUGGUCUGAGGUAAUAAUGCCUAUGUCAAGUUUUGUCUUAGAGCAAAUGCCAGUUGUGCCUUAACAGCCUGAAACUAAUGUUCAUAAAAUAAACUCUUUAAUCAUAACAGAGGCUGGGAGCCUUUUUGGGCAGUGAAUUUAUUAAAACUCUUACAGAUAUUUUGAAAGUAAAUGCCACUUUAAAAUAUUUUGGGAUUUUCCACUCCUCAAAGCUUAAAUUUAAUUGUCUUUGAAUUGGAUUUGUUUUCUGCAAUAAAAUACCACAAUCUGAUAAUCUUU